GCUCGUGAGGCGGGCACUAUCUUAUCGAUUUGCGAUCAUGACGCCUCGUGUACUUCCAUCGCGCAAUGUGUCUAAUCCGUAUCUCCAAUACUGGUUUCCUAUGUCACUGAACGACCAGGCGACAUUUAAGGCUAUCGUACUAUCCUCUCUAUCUCAUGAGCGGAUUAAUGGUUUGAUCUCAGCAAACAUGGCUAGCCUGACAUCGACCAAAGAGGUCGUACCGUACUUGAAACAAUACUACUUGGAUACGAUAACUUCGAUCAAUGAAGCACUUCACGAUCCUGCUCGAGCAACUGCUGAUGCGACUAUCUUGGCGGUCUUGAUGAUGGUCGAAAAGCCAUUGCUUCAGGAUCAUAAAGAAUGGUCCAAGCGGUCUCCAUUCCAGGCACCUCUCCAUGGAUUACAGUGGUUAGACGUUCACAGUGCUAGGGAGCCCAAUCCGGUCCACCAGAUGGGUCUGCACAAGAUUAUAUCCUUGAGGGGUGGCCUUGCUCAAGUCAAGACCCCCGGUCUUGCAGCCGCCGCAUUCUACCGAGUACUAGUAAAUUCGACACUACUACUCUCCCCUCCGCCGCUUCCUUUCGUCGCACUGUCUGGCCAGAACGCAUCCGAGAUAGAAAACCACUUGCUCCUUGGCACCAUGAACCUAGUCAAUCGCUUAAACGUCCUCAACAAACUCCCUCUCGAGUCGGAACUCCGACAAGUGAUGCAUGGACUAAGAGCCUACACAGCAAAUAUCGACGACUAUAUUUCUGGACGCAGUCCAUCCUACAGUCCCCAGGCAAUGUGUGACCAGCGCAAUUUAGUCCAGUAUCAUCUGAUGAGCAUAGGGCCCAUUGCCGACACAGGACUUGGGGCUAUAUCUGAAGUCUGUCGACUAGCGACAAUUAUCUACAGCAUCGGAGUGACAUUUCCACUUUCUGGUGUCCGAGCUCCUUUUGGAACUCUGGCCAUGACAUUACAGUCUGAGUUAGAAAAGAAUGAUCUUAUCAACACCUGGCCAAUGCUGGAACAUGGUGAGAUCCUGUUUCUGUGGAUCCUGAUGGUGGGCGGUAUAGCGGCUAGGGACGGUCCCGGAAGAGGCUGGUUCAUCGAGUGCUUGUCUGAGAUUAUGUUUGUCUCAGAGAAUGUGCAGUGGAGCUGCGUGAAAGAAAAGCUGCGGAUGAUACUUUGGCUCGACACUGCUUGCGAUAUGGCGGGUAGAGACGUCUGGAGUGAAGCCCACGCUCUUCUGCAAAUACGAGCGCAAAGGACAAAAUCAGUCCCUUCAUCACCUAUAGCACACCAGAAGUUGAAGGCACCUUGCGCCCACUGUCGAUCAAAGAAGAUUAAGUGCGAUAAGGAUGAUCCUUGUCAGAAUUGUGUCAGAAGUGGGUUGAGCUGCGGCUCAGCUGGAGCCGGUGCGGCUUUCCAGGCAAGGGUGCACGUGUUCUCCAUGCGACAGAAGCCGUGUGAUCUGUGUCGACGACGGAGGGUGCGAUGUGAUAAGGAGAAGCCCUGCAAGCGCUGCAAAGAUGGUGGCUUCAGAUGCGUUUACAGAGAAGACCAAUGGGUUGAAAGCUUGGAAUUGAGAUCCUCCCAGGCUGGUUGCAGUUAGCAUCUGCUACUAAACAAUUCAUGAACCACCACUCCCACUCUAGCGACUGGGUUUUAACAAUACAAAAAUAGGAACACUGGAACAAGAUCGUUGGCUUCAUACAUUAGACGACAGUCCGGUCAUACUAAU